AUGAAUACACAAAGAUUAUUUAGACCCCGUGGUAGGCGGAUUUGCCGGAUUGCCUGUGCAUCCUGCAGCUCCCCAUUCCGAUAUAUACACGUUAUAGUAGCGAUGGUGAUCAUAGAAUGUAAGCUCGAGUAUGGGGACCUGAUCACUGCACUUUUCGCUCUCGUCCGCAUCGCAUUCGACGUAAUCGGCAGUUGUCAUAUUGUUGUUGUACCAUACCCAUAAUUCAUAGCCUUUAUACUUGUUGGCAAGUGUGAGGAAAUCAUCCUUCAUUCCCCCAUUCCAGACAGAAAAGAAGGCAUUGUUAAAAUAGGUUGAGACAGUGCCACCGGCAACCCAGACUGUCCUCUCAUCGAAAAGGGUAACCUCAGAUUCAAGAAGUAGUUGUUUCUCUCCAAUGGUACCCCUGAAGACCAGCAUGAUGGCUUUGUCGGGAUGAUCGAUAGCCGUAUAUCCACUACAGGUGUCCGUAGGUAUUUGGUCACAUUUCGUAGUAAUUUUAUGCAGCACCUUAAUUUUUUUCCAACAAGUUAA